UAUCUGAUCCCAUUAUAGAAACAAAAACUGCAGUUGGCUUCAGUCAGUGUGCUAAAUAAAUCUUGGCAUGUAAAUAUUACAUGUUUCAGUUUCACUUUUUUAAUUUUCAAAGUCUACGACUAUGGGAGUUCAUUUCCAAAAGGUAAAUAAAGAAUACUUUGAUAUCCUGGAUUUGACAAAUUAUUCUGACAACAGUGUGAAAGAGUUUAUCAUCUCUGGAUUCCCAAGGCUUCAAAGAUUUUCGCUUUUACUCUUUUUCAUAUUUAUAGUUAUUUAUCUUUUCACAAUAACUGGCAAUGGCCUUAUAUUCUUCUUUAUUAAUCUGGAUCGAAAGUUACAGACCCCUAUGUAUUUUUUUGUCAGCAAUUUAUCUUUCUUGGAUAUGAGUUACACCUCAGUUACCAUACCAAGGAUGUUAGUUAAGUUCUCGAUUGGCUUUGAAAUUAUUUCCUACCCCGGUUGCUUUACACAGAUGUAUUUUUUCAUUUCUUUUGUUGCUGUUGAAUGUCUACUUCUUUCUGUGAUGGCCUAUGAUCGUUAUAUAGCUAUCUGCAAUCCACUUCAUUAUCAUGUUACCAUGACCAGGCAAUUAUGUACCUUACUUGCUCUCGUAUCAUGGAUUGGUGGAUUUUUAUCUCCAUUGGCUUCAUUAAUCUUAGCUCUGAGGUUGCCUUUUUGUGGCCCAAAUGUUAUCCACCACUACUAUUGUGAUCAUCCACCUUUACUCCAACUGGCUUGCACAGACACUUCCUUAAACGUGAUGGUGGGAUCCUCUGUUGGCGCUUUUGUACUUUUAAUAUCUUUCACUCUAGUUGUUGUAUCAUACAUUAAAAUUAUCACUGCUGUCCUCAAAAUAUCCUCCACCAGUGGACGCUUCAAGACCUUCUCCACAUGUGGAUCCCACUUUGCAGUGGUCAACAUCUUUUACCUACCUCUAAUCUUCAUGUAUGUGCGUCCAACUCCAUCAUAUUCUUCCGAUGUGGACUCACUUAUAGCCAUGUUUUACACAGUGUUAACACCUAUGAUGAAUCCUAUAAUAUACAGUUUUAGAAACAAGGAUAUAAAAGAUACUUUCAAAAACACAAUGAAAUGGGGAACAAAUCCAAGAGGCACUCCGGAACUAGUGGAGGAGAAGAGGGCCCUGACACAUUUCCAGAAGAUCCAGAAACCAUGCAGAUACCAACAGAUAUGCAACUUUCAGGUCCAGAUGGGCGAACCAUUGCCAGAGACGAAGAUGGUCUCGAAGGAGAUGGAUGCCUUCCAUUUUGAAGUGCCUUUACAUCACAAAGGCAUUCAGGAUGCAAAGGUUUAUGACCAGCGAAACCUCCUAGAUAUCUUCCCCGUCAUGCAGCAUGAAUUGCACCUCACCCUUCUCGAUAAGGGCCUCUACCAUGCCGUCGAUGAGCUUCCGAUGCCCCACUGCUGA